AUGAAGAGCUUCAAGCCGAUUUUCUUGUGUGAGGUGAAAGGAGUGGCGGAAUCGCAGCAAGUGGCAAGUGAACAUUGUGCCAAAAACAACAUCAAUACCGUUGUGGCCGCUGAAGAGUUUUCUGGAUACAAGGUCAACGCAAGUUCCCGCCUCCUGGAUCGCUGGCUUGAUAUUUUUGUACGAUUUGCUGGCUCGGCUCCGGUGUUCCUGGUCAUAGUUAGUGGUCUCUUGACCUGGGCCUUGAUGGGGAUUCGUUUCGGUGACUCGGAUGUCUGGAUCGCAGCCAUUUCCGAUGUCCAGGCUAUUCUCUGUUAUGUCUUCGAUUCCCUUCUGAUGCGACAGCUUCUCCGUGAAUACACGGAGCAGCGCGAAGCCAUGGUCAAAAUUCAAUCGCGUUGCAGCAGCCACCAUCGCAUGCUUCUCAAAGUCAAGAACAAACUUGGAUCUGAAGGAAUCCGGGAGGUCGCUGAGAAGUGCCGAGACGAGACAUUGCAACCUCUGGAUCAUGGUUUGCGCACUCAGAGCAUGUUUGCCCGAUGUAUCAUCUUUUCUGCGAAGAAAUUCGGGCACAUAGUCACUGUGGGCAUGUACUGGGUCUGCAUCUUGAUCUGGCUUGGCUUCGGUCCAAAGUUUAAUUGGUCGGACCGAUGGCAGCUAUACAUCAACGACGCGACAUCUGCUCUGAUGGUCUUGGUUUUUGCAUUCCUUGCUUGUCUACGGGAAUGUUAUGCCGAUUAUACCAACAUUUGCUUGGAUGCGAUCUUUCGGCUUGACUCGACUCUCGAGGGUGUACUUCGUCUUCUCACCGAAGAUGACACGCCAAAUCCUCUCGAGGUCGAUAUCCCACCGAAAGAGAACUACCUUCAAACUGUAAUUUACUACUAUGCCGAUAUCAUCGGGACUCUUGUAGGGAUCGUGUUCCUUGUGGUGGUCGUCAUCACCUGGGCAGCCGUCGGCCCGGUCUUCCAUUUCAACAAUACAUGGUGGCUGCUCAUCGGCACAUACGCUGGACUGGUUGGUCUUUUUGACAGCUUCGUUCUCCGGAACGUUCAGAACAAAGUACACCAGAAUACUAAAUGCCAAGUACGUCGUGUUGAGGCACUCGACUUGACAUUGUUCGCCGGUCUGUCCGUUCCGAUUCCCGUCGUGCAGGAUCCCAAGGCGCCAUCCCUCAGUCGUCGGGCCUCUCGAAAGAUGGAUGCGAUUAGCUCCCACCUUCUCAUGGUCGUCGCCGGCUUCAUCCUCACUAUCGGCUGCCUGGUUGCAUCUAGUGCCAUGCGAUGGAGUCUGACUGGACAGCUGAUCUCGAACGUUCCUCCCAGCAUCAUCGAGACUUUCUUCAUGUUGAUCUUGAUCACUGGUCAGAAUGAUGCAGAAGCUGGUGCCCGAGUCGACCUGACGAAUAUUUAUUACCGCCGUCAGCGCCUCUUGUCGUUCAUGAAGCAUGCAAGCGAUUACUGCCAAAAGCAAGAGGUAGAUGAGGCAGCCGCUGAUGCUGAGUGA